CAAGGGUGGAGGAGGAGGAGAAAUGAUGCCUCCUCCUUGCCAGGCUUUUCCAUUGAACCUUGAAACCAUUCAUGGAAGCUGAUGGCAAUAUUCUUGUUCCUUUGCGUCAGAAGGCAAAAAAGAAAAGUCAAGGGUUCUUUAUAAUGAGCCGACGGAGGAUAUCCUGCAAAGAGCUGGGGCAAGCUGAUUGCCAAGGAUGGCUCUACAAAAAGAAGGAAAAAGGAGCUUUCAUUGGCAACAAAUGGAAAAAGUUCUGGUGUGUGCUAAAGGAGUCAUCCCUGUAUUGGUACAGCAGUCAGCUGGCUGAAAAAGCAGAAGGAUUUAUAAGACUUCCAGACUUCAGUGUGGAUCGAGCAAUUGAAUGCAAAAAAAAGCAUGCUAUUAAGAUCAGCCACCCACAGAUCAAGACAUUUUAUUUUGCAGCAGAAAAUGUUCUGGAAAUGAACAUGUGGCUAAGUAAGCUGGGAAUGGCAGUAGACCCUCAGGCACCAAACAGGAGGAAUGAGGAAGAAUGCUACAGUGAAAGCGAACACGAGGAUCCAGAAAUAACAGACACGCCACCUCCACCCUACACAGCCCAGACACCACCUCCUACUUCCCAGGAUCAGCAGAAGUCAUCAUUCACCUCAACUCUGUCAAGUGAAGCAUCUUGUUCUCUCUCCUCUCCUGAAAGCACUUUCAACUCUCAAGAAUCAUCAUCGUCCUUGACAUCCAAAGUGGUUUGUUCCGAGAGGCAGUCCUGGCUUGACCUGGUUUCCAGCUCUGCCACGGAAGAGGGUGAUCAGCCUUUAACGUUCUGCGUACAGAUCCAUUCUGAUGAGCCACCAGAAGUGGUCUGUGGAGAUGCAGCAGAGAGCCAGGAAGUCCAUCUUUCUGAACCCAAUGGUGGAUCCCAAACCUCUUACCUAAGUGCAGAUACACAUUGUCUAGCUGUGCCAGAUGCAACAGGACAACGAUCAUUAGCCAAAGACCAGGAAAAAUAUGAUGAUGAUGAUGAUGAUGAUGAGAUGGAGCGACUUUAUAAGUCAUUGGAGCAAGCAAGCCUGUCUCCCAUUGGUGAUCGUCGACUGUCGACUAAGAAGGAGCUUAGGAAGUCAUUUAUCAAGCGCAGCAAAAACCCUUCCAUUAAUGAGAAACUCCACAAAAUUCGAAUGCUGAACAGUACAUUGAAGUGUAAGGAACAUGACCUGGCCACAAUUAACCAGUUGCUAGAGGACCCAAAGUUGACAGCAGUGAAGUACAGAGAGUGGAGGAGCACAAACAUCAUGCUGGUCCAAGAUAUUUAUCAGCAGCAGGAGGUCCAGGACAUGUCCACAGAGAAUAGUGAACAGCAAGAGAUGACUGCACAGCCAAUCUCUGAAAGUGCUAUUUGA